AUGGCGUCGCCGGCCGUCAGCCCCGACUCGUCCUCCCACGAAGCCCUCUCCUCCGUCAACUCAGCUCCGGCGUGUUCGCCCACCUCCGACUCGGAAAACCUCAGCCCCGACGAACUGGAGCUGCUGGCGAAACUAGAGGAGCAAAAUCGGCUACUGGAGGCCGACUCCAAGUCGAUGCGCUCCAUGAACGGCUCGCGAAGGAACAGCGGCUCCUCCUUGGUCUCCAGCUCCUCGGCCUCCUCCAACCUCAGCCACCUUGAGGAGGACACCUGGAUCCUCUGGGGCCGCAUCGUCAACGAGUGGGACGAGUGGCGGAAGAAGAAGGAGAAGCUGCUGAAGGAGCUCAUCCGCAAAGGGAUCCCCCACCACUUCCGCGCCAUCGUCUGGCAGCUGCUCUGCAGUGCCACCGACAUGCCCGUCAAAAACCAAUACUCGGAGCUGCUCAAGAUGUCCUCUCCCUGCGAGAAGCUCAUCCGACGGGAUAUCGCCCGUACCUACCCGGAGCACGAGUUCUUCAAGGGACAGGACAGUCUGGGCCAGGAGGUGCUCUUCAACGUCAUGAAGGCCUAUUCGCUGGUGGACCGGGAGGUCGGUUACUGCCAGGGCAGCGCCUUCAUUGUGGGACUGCUGCUCAUGCAGAUGCCCGAGGAAGAGGCUUUCUGCGUGUUCGUGAGGCUGAUGCAGGAAUACCGCUUACGGGAGCUCUUCAAACCCAGCAUGGCCGAGCUGGGACUCUGCAUCUACCAGUUCGAGUACAUGCUGCAGGAGCAACUACCAGAGCUGAACAUCCACUUCCGCUCGCAGAGCUUCCUCACCUCCAUGUACGCCUCGUCCUGGUUCCUCACCCUCUUCCUCACCACCUUCCCUCUUCCCGUGGCCACGCGCGUCUUCGACAUCUUCAUGUACGAGGGACUGGAGAUCGUCUUCCGCGUGGGGAUGGCACUGCUGCAGUUCAACCAGGCCGAGCUUGUCCAGCUCGACAUGGAGGGCAUGUCCCAGUACUUCCAGAAGGUGAUCCCACACCAGUUUGACAGUUGCCCCGACAAGCUCAUCCUCAGGGCCUUCCAGGUCAAGUACAACCCCAAGAAGAUGAAGAGGCUGGAGAAGGAGUACGCUGCCAUCAAGAACAAAGAGAUGGAGGAGCAGAUCGAGAUCAAGCGCCUCCGCACUGAGAACCGCCUGCUCAAACAGCGCAUCGAAACCCUGGAGAAGGAGAGCGCGGCUCUCGCCGACAGGCUCAUCCAGGGCCAGGUGACACGGGCACAGGAGGCGGAGGAGAACUACAUCAUCAAGCGGGAGCUAGCGGUGGUGAAGCAACGCUGCACCUCGGCCACCGAGAACCUGCAGCGCGCCCAGACCACUAUCCGGCAGCUGCAGGACCAGCAGGGGAACCCACGCUUCAGCGAGGAGUUUGUCACCCACCUGGAGACGGAGCUGGAGCAGUCGCGGCUGCGGGAGAGCGAGACCCUCGGCGCCCUCAAGGAGAUGCAGGACAAAGUCCUCGACAUGGAGAAGAGGAACAGCCUGCUGCCGGACGAGGACAACGUGGUGCGGCUGCAGGAGGAGCU